AGAAAGGAUUCGUCAGAAUAACAUGGCGAAAAUACAUUUAUUAGUGCUGUUUGUGUUCACCUGCUCCACAUGCAGUGACGCAAUAUGGAACCCGUAUAAAAAUCUCAUACGAGGAUCAGCCUCUCCCCGUCGUUCAGGUGAAAGUGGAGAACCUUUGUUCCUGACACCGCUGUUACAGGAUGGCAAGAUUGCAGAAGCUCGGAAUAGAGCCCGCGUCGAUCUACCAAUGAUGAGUGCGGUGGAGAGCUACUCAGGAUUUAUGACCGUCGACUCCAAAUUCAACUCCAAUUUGUUUUUCUGGUAUGUGCCAGCACAGAAUAAUCGUGAGAACGCCCCCUUGUUAGUAUGGUUACAGGGAGGUCCGGGUGCGUCGUCACUGUUCGGAAUGUUCGAGGAAAAUGGGCCAUUCUUUGUUCAAACAAACAAUACGCUCAAACAACGGGAAUACUCCUGGCACCAGAACCAUCACAUGAUCUACGUCGACAAUCCAGUCGGAACUGGAUUCAGUUUCACCGACAGUGAGGAAGGUUACGCCACCAAUGAAGAGCAAGUUGGCGAAAAUCUGAUGAAAUUCAUUCACCAGUUCUUCGUUAUGUUUCCCAAUUUGUUGACUCAUCCAUUCUACAUCGCUGGUGAAUCCUAUGGUGGGAAAUAUGUUCCUGCCUUCGCUUAUGCUAUGCAUACUUCGCAAGACCAACCUAAAAUCAACCUGCAGGGAUUGGCUAUUGGUGACGGCUACACUGAUCCUCUGAACCAGCUGAACUACGGAGAGUACCUCUAUGAACUGGGCCUGGUCGAUAUGAAUGGAAGACAGAAGUUCGAUCAGGACACGGCUGCCGCCAUCGAGUGUGCCAAACGCAAAGACAUGCAAUGUGCGAAUCGCCUCAUCGGAGGUCUGUUCGACGGCGUUGACGGGCAGGAUUCGUUCUUUAAACGGGUUACAGGAUUCUCGUCCUACUAUAACUACGUACAGGGAGAUGAAUGCAACAGUCAAAACAGCGCCCUUGUAGAGUUUCUCAGUAACCCGGAGGUUCGAAAGGCUAUUCACGUUGGUGAGCGACCGUUCAACGAUUCAGAUGGAGAUAACAAAGUGGCGGAAAAAUUAUCCGACGACACAUUGGAAACCGUGGCUCCCUGGGUUGGAAAAUUGCUGUCCCAUUAUCGUGUGCUGUUCUACAACGGUCAGCUGGAUGUCAUCUGUGCCUACCCGAUGACGGUGAACUUCCUAAUGAAGAUGCCGUUCGAUGGUGAUAACGAGUACAAGCGGGCCGUUCGUGAAAUCUAUCGGGUUGACGGUGAGGUUGCUGGAUACAAGAAGAAGGCCGGACGCCUUCAAGAGGUGAUGAUCCGGAAUGCCGGACACAUGGUUCCACGGGAUCAACCCAAGUGGGCGUUCGACAUGAUCAGCUCCUUCACUCACAAAGGUUCUUUGUGA